AACUUUAUAAGAGAACACACUUAUUAUAAGCCUAAUAUAAAACCUGUUCAGGGUCAGCCAAUGAAACAUGUCCACGGUGGUCCUCAAGAAACUUACCCUGGCCAACUGUUCACCCGAGGGACUGGCUCAAAUAAUCAAAGACAAGAAAAAGGUCAAAGAUAUAAACUACCGUGCCUUUCUCUACCUUCUCAAAACGAGCGGUUCAGCAGAUGAUAAGAACACGUACCUUGCAAUACUGCGGAAUCUUACCAUGGUGGUAGCUCUGUUUGAUAAGGAUUGUGAGGACGUGUUUCAAGAGAUAACCAGUUUUCAGUGGGAGAAACUAGAUGGCAAAUUCCGGGGGAUCACUAAGCAGUUUUUAAUUUCGUUGAUCAGUUCUCAGCCUUUCUAUACCAAUAAGGUUAUUGAUAGAUCUAUCAGAAAUCUGUCUCUUGUUGACAAUGAUGAGAAGAUAAUUAUUCAUGGUACAAAUUUAGAGCUUCUUAAGUUUAUCUCUGAAAAUAUGCCCACUUACAUGAAAUUCAUCCAGCAAAAAGUCUUGUCGAACUUUCCUCACAAAUCCAAGCCCUUGCUGGAUCAUCAGGCUUACAUUAAUAACAUUUUGAAACUGGGUGAACUGAUACCCUCCUAUUUCAAUGAUAUCAUCAUGACUAUCAACGAAAGAUUGAUAAAGAUUGAUGUUGACAUAUCCCGGUCCCCAUUUGCUGUCGAGAAAGAUGAACUUUUUUCGUUCGAGGAAAGCCAGAGGUCAUCUGAUGAUGAAAUAACGGAAAAACUGGACGUGAUUCUGUCACAGUUUUUACAGUACAUGAGAGACAACACUUCUGAGGAAAAUGUGGGGCGAUGGUGCAAGGUCCUACUUCUAGGGUUCGAUGCACACAUUCUCAAAGCCCACAUUCCUCCAAAUGUGCCGUUCAUUUUAUUCUACUUUUUCAACAUUCAUUCCAGUCUCAAGACGGUGGUGCUCGAUUAUUUUUGGUCGGUGUUUGCUGAUAGAAACCAGCCAGCCAUCAUACGACAAAGUGGUAUUAUGUAUCUAGCAAGCUUUACAAAUCGGUCAGCGUCAGUUGGGAAGGGCGAUUUGAAGAAGAUAAUGCUCUCAACUGCUACCUGGUGCCACACUUACAUCUCGAACAAUGAUGAGAUUUCAGUAAAAUGUAAUCACACAGCUUUCUACGCUGCCUGUCAGUCUCUGUUUUACAUGUUUUGUUACCGACACAAAGAAAUUUUCUCUUCUUCAGAAUACAAAAUGUUCCUCGACAAGGUAGAUCUACAUCUCAUAGUUCAUUGUAAACUGAAUCCCUUAAAACAUUGCAAUCAGCACAUUCUCAGAAUGUUCAACAAGCUCACUAAUAUGUACGAGAUUGUAGCGUGUUCCCCUGUUAUUGAGAGGAAUUCCCGGAUGUUGCUUCCCUCAACUCAGUUGAUUGGAAAUGAGGAGUAUCCUUUUAAAAGCUGCUUACUUAAUUUAACUUCAAAAUUUAUUCAGCCAUAUUUUAGAGAUAUGGAAUGUUCAAAUGAAUUUCAGUCUGAGUUCAGACAAUAUAAAAUAUCCGAGAACUUUGAAGAUUGGGAUAAUGUCAUUGGUGAAACUUCUAUUGCUAUGUCUCCUGAUUUUCAGGCAAUGUCCUUAUAGAAUAUGCUGGAUUUUGUUGACUUCGUAUAAUUUGAUAUUUCAACAGUAUUUUUGGUGUACAUGUAGAUACUUAAAUGAUGAUUUUAAAACUAAA